AUGGCAGGGAAAGGAGCACCUGGAGGCUUAUCUUGCCAUCGGGCUCAUUCAAAGGGAGGAGGAGAUGGUGGAGGACCGGAUUGCCCUCCCCGAAAGCGCAAACAUUUACUUUUUUUUUUUUUUAUAGAUGAAAAUCCUUUACAGAAUGAAACAGUUUCUCAAAGGGAAUCCCCUGAGUUGUACAAUCUCAGUUCCCCGGGUGUUUUAACGCAAUUGUUGGACGGUUCAGAAAAUCUAGCCCUCUACCGUAACUGGCUGACUCCACAAAAACCACCCCCCUCUGAGAUCAGCGUUGAGCAUUCUCCCACUCCCUCUGACAGCCGCGGACGGCAUUCUCCCGUCCGGUCUGACAGCAGCGGACGGCGUUUAGUCCACCAGGUGUCCCCUUCGCCGACAACGACUCACUCUGACCACGGAUCUUGGCAUAGAAAUCGUUUUUCAUCCCGAUAUUCCCUUCGGCCUAUACAUAAACAGAGACAUCGAGAAAGACUACAAGAGCUGACUGAAAACCUUGGCCUGUUACUGAAACAAUUUGUAGAAUUAGAGGCUCCUAUGUACAAUUCUGCACCCGAAAUGUGCUUACAUUUGAUGAAUCUGUAUGCUUUUUACAUUGUUCUAAUCUGA